AUGGCAUCUCCAAGUACACCCCCACCUCCCGCUGACCAUGCCCCUCAUAAGCUCACAGACCCCACAGAGCGCUCCCGCGUCUUCUUCGACGUGACUCUCGGCCGCAACCGGCUCGGCCGCAUCGCCUUCGAGCUCUACAAUGAUGUCGUCCCCAAGACAGCCGAGAACUUCCGCGCACUCUGCACGGGCGAGAAGGGCAAAGGAAAGAGCGGCCAUCCGCUGCACUAUAAGGGCUCGUCCUUCCACAGAAUCAUCAAGCAGUUCAUGAUCCAGGGCGGCGACUUCACUAGAGGCGAUGGCACGGGCGGCGAGAGUAUCUAUGGCGAGAAGUUUGAGGACGAGAACUUUGUUCUUAAGCAUGACAAGCCGUUCUUGCUUAGCAUGGCGAAUGCCGGCCCUGGCACCAACGGGUCCCAGUUCUUCAUCACCACGGUCACAACUCCUCACCUCGACGGCAAACACGUCGUCUUCGGCGAAGUUCUCUCCGGCAAAUCCAUCGUCCGCGCCCUCGAAAACACCCCCACAGGUCCCAACGACAAGCCCAACGCCGAGGCCACAAUCGUCGACUGCGGCGAGCUAACCGGCGAUGCUUAUGAUCGCGCUACAGAUAAGACGGCGGCGCCGGACGUCACGGGCGACCCAUACGAGGACUACCCCGAGGACGAGAACGAUGGGCAAGAGUGGACCCCGCAGGCGGUGCUGAAGAUCGCAGGCGAGCUAAAAGAGUUCGGAAAUAAGGCGUUUAAGAGCGGGGAUGCAAGGGUCGGGCUUGCGAAAUAUCAGAAGGGGUUGCGGUAUCUUCGGGAAUUCCCUGAGCCGGAUGAUGCUGCGGAUGGAGAGGCGGGAGGAUUGCAGAGCGAGGCGAAUAAGUUGAAAUUCACCCUGCACUCUAACAGCGCGCUUCUGCAGCUCAAGCUCUCCGCCUAUGAUGACGCGCUCUCCUCAGCUACGUCCGCACUGGAGGUUCCGGGCAUAGGCGACGCGGAGAAGGGCAAGGCGCUGUACCGGCGGGCGCUCGCGAAGGCCGGAAGGAGAGACGAUGACGAGGCGAUCGCGGAUCUCGAGGAGGCGCUCAAGUGCGUGCCGGGCGAUGCGGCCAUCUCGAAAGAGCGCGAUGCCGCGAAGAAGAGGGUCGCGGAGCGGAAGAAGAAGGAGAAGGCGGCGUAUUCGAAGUUCUUCUCUUGA